GGCAGAAAAUCCUCCUCCCGCACUGCGAUUGAAGAUUGCCGCCUUUGUAGCAGCUAAAAUGGCGAGUAGAUACACUCACGCUGUUGUUUGUCGGGUUCCUUCAAGUAUCACGAAGUCGGCCAGUGAAAAUGCCAAUGAGGGUGAGCUCGACAUUACCAAGGCGAGAGAGGAACACGAGUUGUUCGUGGCAACGCUUCGCAAGUUGGGCGUGGACGUGAUCGAACUGCCACAAGAUGAGACCCUUCCCGAUUCCUGUUUUGUUGAGGAUACAGCUGUUGUCAUUAACGGCACUGCUCUCCUCACGAAACCCGGCAAAGCGGAACGCAGGAAAGAGGUGGAAAUUAUUAGAUCCACCCUGAAGAAAGAGCUGCCAGAGUUGCAAAUCAUUGAGAUCGAUGAUGAGAAGGCUACACUUGAUGGUGCCGAUGUCUUGUUCACAGGCAAAGAGAUAUUUGUGGGGCUCUCGAAGCACACGAACGGCAAUGGCGCGAUCGCCGUCGCCAACACAUUCCCAGAAUUCCCGACCUCGCCCGUGCGAGUGACGGGCGUUCCACAUCUGAAGAGCGUCAUGUGCAUGGUCGCACCGAGCGUUCUCGCUGUGGCCAGCUCGCAGGAAGGCAAGGACAUACUUCACAGGGUGGAAGGAAAGGCUGAGUUUACAUACCAGGUGAUGAUGAUACCAGAUACUAAGGCUGUCAACUGCAUCUAUGUGAAUGGAUCCGUGGUGCAUCGGUCAGACAUCCCCAGCGGUAACAAGGUGUUUGAGAGUAAAUUGGGAGAGCUGCCGCGAUGUCCGCUAAGUCUCUCUCAGCUAGAAAAAGCCGGUGGGACCCUCUCGUCUUGUGCGUUGCUGAUUAACAAGGAAGACUGUUGUUGCAUUCAGCAAAAUGGGAAGUUAGAUGUAGGCGAGAAGAAAUAGCAAGCAACCUCCCGUGUCACCAGAAUCUCCACCAGAGGGCGUGGUUGUGUUGUAUUGCAUCUGUAUGAACUCAACUGCCGUGCAUGUUACGUUUCAGACCAAAGACGUAGAUAAUAAUUUAGUAUUGUAGGUUAUUAUCUACGUCUAUGAUUGAUCCAGACCACCUGUCUGAAUGACAUAACGUCUCGGUUGUCCAAUGGCAAAACAUUCCGAUGCUAUUCAGUUGAGAUUGAUCCUUUAGUAACUGGUUUGGCUAGCAUACUUUGCCAGUAUCCCCCCCCCUCCCCAAAGUUGGUUAUUACCAACCUAUUUACCCGUGCUAGCAAGCUACUAAUCAAUCAAUGCAACGAGGACAAAAUUCACUUUCAAAUUCGCUUUCUGCUCGGGCUUGAGCUGCCAAAGUAGGUCUGAUUAGUAUAUGCAUGACUUGCAUUAAUUAUCGUGUACUCACAUUUUUUAGACUGUCCAAGUUAACACGAGUCUAUUAGGUUGUUAUAGUAUCGGAAUUGUCUACGUAAAGACGUUGAGAAGAUGACAGAAGUCGAUAAUUUUUCGCAAUUCAUUCCAUCAUGUUCAAGAACAUGCUAUUGUAGUGAUAUAAAAUUUUGAACACAGUUCCAAAAUUAUAGAAGUAGGGUCGUUAUGAGUGCUAAUUGCUAUGUCAAAUUCUAUCACAUGGUAUUAUGUAUGAUACGGCCUAGUCCAGACAGUUAUAACCGUCAGUACACGUGUUUAUGAAUGAUGUACCACCUCGGUAUCCCCGUUGCAUGUUUAUUGGUCUGUUGUAUGUUAGUUUGAGAAUUUUUCUCAUGAAUAUGCGUUGGUGUAAUGUAUGCUCUGCCUUUAGACCAAAAAUAGUUUACCUUAGGUCACUGGUUGCUUGCCAUGUUUACGGAUUCACAACACAGCAGGCUGUAAUUUAACCACGGUUAUUCAUAAAAUAAAAUGAUCGUAUGGUUUUAUUUCUAUUUAGCAAAAUGCACUGCAUAUCUUUGCUGCAUGUGUGAGGAGUUGGUUAAUAGAGGGCGCAUGUGCGUGUGAGCUUGUAUGCCCUGUCCAUAGGGCCCUGUCACUAUUCAUAAGGGCCAUAAGGAAACGUGUACAUUUGUCAGUUUGCCCUGUAAACGUGAUUGAUUGUGCUGGUUAAUGAGAAAAAGGGCAUAAUCUGGCGAGAAAUGUAAGAAUCCAACUGAGGCUUAGCCUGAGCCGUCGACUGCUUGAAGAUUUGUCAAUGCCGUAGAGAAGAAAUGUCGUUGAUUGGCUAGCAAUCACACGUGACAGUAGCUGACUGUUACGUAUUCACGAGUUGUGUUCAAUUGCCAUGUAAUUCGUUCUUGAAGGACAUCUUAGAUAAAUGUCUUCCUCUUACUCUGUGUAGUGUCUGGAAGCAAGCUGUGUCACCAUCACGUAUGUGACAAAUUCUCAAAAAUAUUUAGUUACAAUUCAGUGAUUAGUAGUUGUGUUGUGUGACUGGAGAGUACCAUGCACAGUGUGACGUGCCUCUUGCAUUUUUAGAUUGCAAUUUAAGAAAAAGGUUACGACGUUGCCUAUUUACCAAUAAUUUUUAUUGUAAACGAGCAUAAUUAGUCACGUGUGUUAAAAUCGAAGAUGGCAUUUUAGCUAACAUUGCUGUUUUAUUGGUUGUGAAAUACUGUCAUACUUUUUAACACUAGAGUUAUCCAGAUCUUUUUUUAUUGACAAGUGCUGCUAAGCACUACACAUGGUUACGUAGAUAGCAGGAGGUGAGUGGUGGAAUCUGCGGAGGCAGACAUGAAAUCGUCAAGAGUCAAUGCUGGAAAGCGUAAAUGUUUGAAAGAUAAUUUGGAAUUGUUACCCAAAUGUCCUUACUUUUACACCUUACUAAGAAUUGUGUAGUUUUGUGAAGACCAGGAUAAGUAGCUACCAACUCAAAUCAGAGGGGUUAGUAACACUUUGAGUUAGGGUGAUUGAGUCUGUGUCAGCGAGAAUUAUUGGUAAUUGUUUCUAGCAUUUCUGUAAUCAGUAAGUUGUACUAUGAACGUAUUCAUACAUCUCUUAGAUAUAUCGCAUCAACUGAUUGUAUAAAUAUGUUCCCGGUGGUACCAAAAGAAAUGCUGAGAGAAUUUACACCCUAUGUGAAUCUCGGGUUUUAUUUUCCAGUGUGAGAAAAGUUGUUGGCCAGCCGUUAUGGUAUUGUUACGUAGUGUGUCUGCGACUACACGGUGUGUUAAUGGUUGGAGAACAUAGUGAAUCGAUGGUCUUCCAGUGGUAUCGCUAAUACAUUCAACGAGGGCAUUACUAUCUUUGAUUUAUCUUGUGCUACUGAUUUCCUUUAAAAAAAAAUUAUUAUAGUGGUCACUUUAACAACUUGUAGGUUUGCUACUUGAUUUGCACGUACAUACUAUUUCAGCACUCAUUCGAGUUGUGGUAGUAACUACGGUACCGAUUGCGUUCAUAUAUUGCUAGGUAGCUUUUUACAAACGUCCAAAACUCUCAGCAGAAGUGCGGACUAGUAUGAAAGUUAUUGAUUCUCUUGCUGGUUGUAUAUUUGGUAACGUACGCGUAUAAUGAAUGGGGGAAAUUUUCACAAAUGCGAUAAUCAAAAAACGUUUCCGACGGCUAUCUUCUCCGUUUCAAUUGUUAGUCUCGGGUGUCAUAAAUAUUGAGUAUUAUUGAAUUAAACUUAAAUGUUGACUGCUUAUUAUUGCCUUGUCAAAGUAGAUAUGGUUUUACUAAAUACAAAUUCUAGUCGGAGGGAAAUAUUUUACCAAGGUUUAUAACAGCAAAAACUAUUAUUAUUGUUUAUAUAGAAUGUUGCUACCUUCUGACCUUUUAUGUGUCAUAUAUUUGUAGUUGCAUAAUAUGCAUAUGCUAUAGAUUUAAUAAGAGAUAAUGUCAGCCUCACUA